AUGUCGUCUGUCUUACAUCUGCGCGGUCUCAUGUACCAGAGGUUACGUUUGGCACGGUACGCCAGCACCAUCAACAGCGUGCCCACGUCCAAGCCGGAGGUUACUCUGCCUGGGUCCACCUUCUACGUAAGCGACAUUUCAUGACAUUUACUGGUCUUUAUAGUUAUAAAUAGUUUUUACCAGUAUUUUUAAAUUCUUUUAAUGUUUUUAAUCAAAAACAGUUCAAUGUUAAUCAGAAUCUUCUAAGAAUGCCUUGUUUCAGCACAAAGACAUGGAAUCGAUCAUCGCUCAGCCAAAUCAGAUGCAAAUGAAGCCAAAGAACGUGGACGACAUUAAGUUCGGCCACUGCUUCUCUGACCACAUGGUGGAGAUUGACUGGUCGGUGGAGAAUGGCUGGCACCGACCUCUUUUGUCGCCCCUGCACCAUCUUCAACUUCACCCUGGAGCUAAAGUGCUACACUACGCGAUCGAACUGUUCGAAGGCAUGAAGGCGUACAGAGGCGUCGACAACAAGAUACGGUUGUUCCGACCCGACAUGAACAUGGACAGGAUGAGACGGACGGCUGCUCGUUCCGCACUUCCAGUGAGUUAAUGGGCCUGUUAAUUAAAAUUUGUUCAAUGCCUUAGGGGUCGCUGCCUUAGGGAAAAAUGCGAUAAAAAUGCUUACUUUGGAGAUUCAAAGAAUACUUUGAAAUGUAAAAUAUGGUUUGUAUACGUAGACUUAGCAGUUAUUUUCACGAUACAAACAACUGGUAAAGAUUAAGUGUGAUGUUAACCAAAACAAUCGCUUUCAUUGUUUGCGAACUGCUGAGCCCUAGCAUCUUGCAGGCUGCAGUUUAAAGAAAUGGAGAAAUUAUGAAAUACGUAAAGUAAAAAUAAGUUGUAAAUGAUAUAUUGUGGAGUUUACAACUAUUGUACAACUAUUUCUUUUAGGAUUUUGACACUGAAGAACUAAUGCAAAUUGUCUCUGAAUUAGUGAGUGUUGACAAGGAAUGGGUACCAUACUCAUCGACUGGCUCUCUCUACCUCCGCCCUACCUUCAUUGGUACUGACGUAAGUCGCUUCUUUAUAGGUGAAUUUCCAUAUAUUAGACUAGUUUUUAAAGUUUACUUCGCAACUAAUUUAUAACCUAUUAUAAUAUUACAGUAUAAUUACUAACACCUCUCAAUACUUUCAGUGCACGUUAGGAGUUGCCCAUCCAAAUGCUGCCAAACUUUUUGUAGUAACCGGGCCAGUUGGAGCUUACUACCCGACCGGUCUGAAGCCCGUCUCCCUAUUGGCUGAUUCCUCUUUCAUCAGAGCGUUCCCUGGUGGAGUAGGUAGCUACAAGAUGGGAUGUAACUAUGCCCCGACUAUCUUGGUAGGCAAACAAGCUGCUGAACUGGGAUGUCAACAAGUACUGUGGCUGUUUGAUGAGGACGAGAAACUGACUGAAGUUGGCACAAUGAACAUUUUUGUGUACUGGAUCAACGAGAAUGGAGGUACGUAUAUUAAUUUGAGUACUUUAAUAUAAAACCCACAUAUUAGAAGGAAUUAAUCUUAUUAAAAGUGCCAUCUUUUGUGCCGUCUUAAUUUAUGUAACGACAAAAGUUUUACUUUGAGUGCAAAGUUUAAGUUUUAUCAUCUAUCAAUUCUACAGUAUUUAUCUAAUUACAGUACCAGUAUUACAGGAUUGAUAAUAUUUUAAUAUAGACAUGUGUGUUCUAUACUCACCUUUGUUUACAUUUUAAUAAGAUUGAUGGCAAGAAAGAUUUAAUGAUUUUUGGUUUAAAAGUCUUUGAAAGCACGAUAUUGUUUAUGUCAUUCUUUAGUCUUUACUUUUUACCUAUAUUUCAAAUUUUUUAAAUAUUGUUUUGAACUUUAGGUUUAUAUAAUAGCAUCGUUUUAAGAUUAAACCUAUCUAAUCUCAUUUUUACUGUUAACAUUACCUUUUUCAGAAGAAGAACUGGUCACCCCACCUCUGGUCGAUGGCUUGAUCCUACCUGGAGUCACUAGAGACAGCUUGAUUGAUCUCUGCCGUGAAUGGAACGAGUUCAAGAUCACGGAACGGUACCCGACCAUGGAGGAGAUCCGACGUGCUGUCAAGGAAAAGAGGGUGAGUACUGUAUUUCUUAUCAUAUUUUUACUGUAAUUUGUGACUGAUUACAUUCCUUGUGUUAUUUUGGGUAUAAAUAAUCGUUGCUUCUCUUCAUGGUAAACAGUUUGUUGCAACUUUCCGUUUACCUACUAGUCAUAUUAACUUGAUUUAGGUAAAACAAAUCUUUGGAGCUGGUACCGCCUGUGUGGUAUCUCCCGUCGGCCGAAUCCUGUACCGUAACAAGGAGACAAACGAGUACGAAGACAUCUUCAUUCCGACGAUGACUGCGGGCAACUUGAUGCAACGCCUCUACAGUACUAUGACCGACAUCCAUUACGGUAGAAUCGAGAAGCCAGAGUGGACUCGAGUGGUCGACUAA